AUGGCGACUUCAUACGUGAAAUGGAACGACAAAAAUGUCGAGCCAGCAAUUCCCAACGAAUCGCAAAAGACCAAUUCCAUGAUCUCUCUCAUCAACAGCAUUCAAGAGAAGAAUUUUGGCCGCCAUCGUCAUGGGUUCCGAGGCACGCAUGUCAAGACUCAAGCAAUCGUCAAGGGAAAUCUCACCGUUUCCAAGAACCUCCCGCCACAUCUUUCGCAAGGCCCGUUUGCACAUUCAGGCAAGACAUAUCCAGUGGCAAUCCGUUAUGCGAACGAGCCCAUCCAUCUCGCCGAUGACCGAGCACCGGGUCCGCGAGGCUGUGGAAUGAAGGUCUUCAACAUCGAAGAUUCAGGCCCGUGGCUUGACCAGAUCGGCCACGAAUCGCACACUCAAGACUUCACAUUUAACAAUGCACCGAUCCUGGAACUGACCGAUCUACCGACUUGUCUCGAGAUCUUCGAGCUCCGCGAGAAAUACUUCGACGACCCGGAGGCAUUGAAGCAGCAGCUCGAGAAGCGGAAAGACAAAGACUUACAAUUCGCACCGGCCGGCCUGCCGAACCAGCACUUCAUGUCGUAUACCAUGUACUCGCAGUCAGCGUAUCGAUAUGGUGACUACAUCGUCAAGUACGCCCUCUUCCCUACCGGUGACUUUCAAAAGGGGCUCGCAGAGCAAACCCAAGUCACAGACUCCAGCAGCCGAGAACAACACUCGGAAUGGCUCCGCGCAUACUUCAAGGAGCACGAUGCCGAAUUCGACUUCCGUGUCCAGCUCUGCCAGGACCUGAGCAAACAGAGUGUCGAAGAUUGCUCCAUGGAGUGGGAAGAGUGCAAAUUUCCCUACGAGACUGUCGGAAAGGUCGUGUUGCCCAAGGGCCAGGACGUCUUCGACAGUGAGAGGAGGGCGUUUUGGGACGAUCAUAUGAAGUUGAAUACGUGGUAUGGGUUGGAAAGUCACCAACCGUUGGGGAGUGUGAAUCGGUUAAGGAAGGAGUUGUACAAGGGGAGUGCGAAGAAGAGGGAGGCGAUGAAUGCCACGAAGACGGAGCUCGUCAGUGAUGUUGGGCAGAUUCCUUGA